UUAAACCCUUUUUUAGUAUCUUCUUCGCAUUCUAUAAUUCUCUCUUUUGGGGGUUCAGUUGGAAACACAGAAAGCCAAAUUAGUCAGAGAUUUUUCACUCUCCGCUAUGGCUAUCGAUGGAGAACAGUCGCACCAAUCUCAGAGAUCACGUCAAUCUGGUCCUACCGCCAAGAAAAAAUCAAAGUCCAAUGAGAGAAAGAAGGGCGUUUCCCACGAAAACAAUAAGCAACAUAAUCCCAAGAAAAAAUUAAAUGGAAUCGUUGAAGGACAACAUGAUGGCUAUUAGCUCUGAUGAGUUUGAGAAUAAUAUCAUGGCUGAUGCUGAGGAAUUUUCUCCAGCUAUUCAACAACAGGACAGUGGGACUCACAAGGUUCCAGAGGACGACUUCAAAGCUGUUGCUUAUAAGCAGGAAUGGAAUGAAGUAUCAAAAUUACCUGCAGACUACAUUAGGAGAGAAGACAUGGAGAUCAAAGAUGUGGCUAUGAAACAUGUAUUGCCUUUCCUUCCUGGUAAAUCAUUGAUGAAGUUUCGGGCAGUGUCCAAUGAAUGGAAUCAUUGGAUAGUUUGUCCGUUAUUAGCAUACCAGCAAAGCACUUCAUUCCAGAAACUUUCAGGCUACUUUUAUCAAGUUGUGGAUGUGGAUUUCCAAUCUGAUCCUAAUUUCUUGUCUCUGGACCAUUCUGCGAAUGGUAUCCCCAAUCCUUCCCUGGGUUUCUUGCCUGAAAGGAUUAAAGUUCUCAGUUCUAGCAGCGGGUUGCUCCUUUGCCAGGGGUUGGAGAGUUAUUACGUUUGCAAUCCUCUGACCGAAGAUUGGAAACGUAUCCCUCCUCAUCAAUAUUAUCACGGAUCUGAUCCAGCUGUCAUUCUUGCGUUUGAUCCUCAGGGUAAUAUUGAAUCGUAUUUUCACCUUGUCGCUGCUGUCCCUCUUCUUGAUCAACCAGUUGUGUUCUUUGAGAUUUACUCGUCUCAAUCAAAUUCCUGGAGUCGCUCUUCUUCAGAGUGUCUUGAGUUGGAAGAUACAACUCUUGUUGGUGGGGGAUUAUAUAUGAAGGGGAUGGCGUACUGGAGUACAACAUCAAAUGGUGUGCUAGCAUUUGAUGUGAAAAAUGAGGUCGCUGCAGUUCUACGUGUGCCUAUUCCACCUGGGAGAUAUGGUGCCUUGACUCAGGUAAAGGAUGAGCUAUCCUAUGUAACUGUUUACAACGAUUGUGGGGAUGUUUUUAUGUUAGAUAUAUACGGAGGAAUGGACAUGAGUCUGAAUCACAGUGUCUGCAUAAAUCUUGGACACAAGAAGUCUUGCCAAACACUGGAGGAAGAUCCCUUUAUUGACAAUGGUACUGUGUUGUGCAGCGUAUUACCCUGCAUAAACAGUGGUGAUGACAUUGUGGUGAUCUGCACAACUGAAAGGAUAUAUCUUUAUUACCUGAGUGGGCAGAAGGUUGAGACUUUUAUGACUCCAGGACAGCUAAAUCCGAAGAGAAGAUUCAUACCUUACACAAACAGCCUCGCUGCGAUACAUGAGCUGAAGAACUAGCUGUUGCUGUCAAGUAGAAUUCUCAUGUCCUUCCAUCAGAACUCCUUGAACAUUUUGCUUCUUCUUUUGUUUUUUAUUUGACUUGGAUUGCAGAUUAAGUUGUUUGAAUAGCUUUGUGUUUUUGUUAUAGACAUGUUUUGGAUUGCCAAUAGUUAUUGCGAGGUUUUAGUUGUCAGUUCCUUUCUACUGCUACUGUUUAUAUUUGACGAUGGAAUGUGACGUAUGAUUAGCUUUA